GAUUUCUCCUUAAUUCUCUCUAACUUGAAACCUUUAUUUGCACCCACUCCUUUCAACCACCGGUUUAAAUUCCUUAAACCAAAAUUGUUCCGAUCAUUCCCAAAACAAUGUCUUCUCCACUCGCCGCAAAAUCCAACCUAAACGCAGCUCGAUCCGCUUCCUUAAACAUCCCUCAUUCGACACGAACCAAACACGACCAUGAUCUCAGGUAUAGCCUCUCUGCUGGUCCUCGUACUCGCGAAGAUCGACCACCUUCGGGGAAUGGAGUCGCCGGGAUCCUCUACAAAUGGGUAAACUACGGCAAAGGGUGGAAACGGCGGUGGUUCGUUCUCCAUGACGGAGUUUUGUCGUAUUAUAGAAUCCACGGUCCUGAUAAAAUAUCUCUCUCCGUCGAGAUGGAUCGGAGAUCGAAAUUAAUCGGCGGCGAAUCUCUACGGUUCAUUUGCCGACACAGCAAGCGCGGUGAUGUUCAUAGCCCCGGGAAACCUCUCGGCCAAAUCCACCUCAAGGUCUCUUCGAUUGGACAAAGCAUAUCAGACGGCAAGAGAUUCAAUUUAUACACCGGCACGAAGAGUCUACAUUUACGAGCAGCAACAAGUGAGGAUCGUACCGCAUGGAUCGAAGCUUUGAAAGCUGUUAAAGAAACGUUUCCAAGAAUGUCAAACGAAGAACUAAUGGCAUCGACGACUAAUGUCUCACUCUCUACCGAUAAGCUAAGACAAAGAUUGAUGGAAGAAGAGGUUAACGAGACAAUCAUCAAAGAUUGCGAAGAUAUAAUGAAGAACAAUUUCGUUGCAUUGCAUAAUGAAGUCAUGUCGCUCAAACAGUACCAAUAUCAUCUCGUAGAUUCUCUCAAAAACGUUAACAACUCACCUAAGACUCACUAGACUUUUAUUUUUUUGCAUGAUGAUGAAAUAUUUCACGGGUUCAGAUGGCUUUUUUUGUUCGAUUACUUUUGUUAGAGUUGAUAUGAGUACUUGAAUCCCAUAUGUGAUUAAUGGCCCAUGACUAAAAGCCUAUGUAUAAAUUUACUUUAUGGGUAUAGGCCCAACUAGUUGAUAUUAUAAUAUCAAGGACAUUACUUUGUA